CGGGGGUGCGGGCCCCGGGGGGGUUGGUACCCCCCGGAUAAGGGUCGCGACCCUCAGCGGGCCUUGUUGCGCACCCCUGCCCGUCACCCAAGCCUGUAACAUAGCUGGGAGACGUGGUCUGGCGAUGCUUCUGUCAUGUGCAGGAUGCGACAAACCGAUUAUGGAUCAGUUCCUGCUGAACGUUUUGGACCGAGCGUGGCACGUAGACUGCGUACGCUGCUUCGAUUGCAGAACCACGUUACAGGACAAGUGUUUCUCCCGGGAGGGGAAGCUCUUCUGCAGGGAGGACUUCUUCAGGCGAUACGGCACGAAAUGCAGCGGUUGCCUCCAAGGGAUAAGCCCCCAGGACCUCGUGAGGAAGGCGAGGGACAAGGUUUUCCACCUGAAUUGCUUCACCUGCCUGGUGUGUCGCAAGCAGAUGAGCACCGGAGAGGAGCUCUACGUCCUGGAGGACAACAAGUUCGUCUGCAAGCAAGACUACCUGUCGGGCAAGCUGCCGGACACGCAUCACGUCCACGGCCAUCAUGUCAACGAUUCGACGAAUGAUGUGAUUAAAACGUACGAUUCGGAUCGUUCACGAGCAGAAUCGUCCAACCUGUCGACAGGAGGAGACUCGUUGAUGGGCUCAGGAUCGGAAGAUGAGGACGAAGACGGUAGUACUCACCAUCAUCACAGCGGUGUCAGCGGUCCUCACUUGGGCCAUAAUCUCGGUACAGGUGGUCCUGGCGACCAGACGGUCGGCCACACCGGCGAUCUACCUCUUGGGAGCGAUCCUUGCAAGCAGGAGGACUCCGAAGAUCAAGGUUCUCUGGACGGCGAUCCCGAAACGAGGGACAGCCAAACGGAAAACAAAAGUCCGGAUGGCGGUGCCGGCGGUGGUAGCGGCGACGGCGGUGCUGGCUCGAAAAGGCGAGGUCCGAGGACGACCAUAAAGGCGAAACAGUUGGAGAUUCUCAAGUCGGCCUUCUCCUCCACUCCCAAGCCCACCAGGCACAUCAGAGAACAGUUGGCGAAAGAGACUGGCCUACCCAUGCGCGUAAUUCAGGUCUGGUUCCAGAACAAGAGGAGCAAGGAGCGUAGGUUAAAACAACUGACGUCGAUGGGCAGGAACCCGUUCUACGGCGGCUCGAGAAAAAUGAGGGGCUUCCCUCUAAACCUGAAUCCCGGUGCUUUGGGCGGCGAGGACGGACCGCCGCCCGGUUUUCCAUAUUUCGGCGCGGAGAAAUUCGAAUUCGGUUACGGCGGGCCCGUGGCGUUUCACCACGAAUUCUUUGGUGCUCAUCCGCCCCCUCAUCCCCAUGGACCGCCUUUCAGCGGCCCUGGUAAUCCUGGUUUGGACCCGGCGAGUUUAGCGGGUAUGGCGGCUGCAGUGGCGGUGACAGGGGAGUAUCCACCUCCGGGCGCGGGAGGCGGCCCUCCGGAAUUUCUCACGGGCCCUCCUGGACAGGGGCCCCCUGCACCUUCCGGCGGUAGCCCCGGCGAGUUCCUAGCGCCUUCAGGUGGAGCACAGGGUAAUCCCAGUGCCGGUGGGAAUGGUGGCGGUCCAGGCGGCGGCGGAGGCGGGGGUGGGUUCUUGGAGCCGCACCAGAUGCAGAGCGAAGGGCUGGCCUGGUAGUACGAGUUUUAAUUACCGUUCAUUUCUUCGUGUUUUGUUGCUCUCCAUCGAGCUUCUCGGCGCAAAAUCGAUAUUUCCGAGAAACAUCGAGCGUUCCCGCGCAACUGACGAUGGGGAGAUCGUACGACUUUGUUCCGGUCCGACUCCUUUCAAGGAGAGAACCAGGUCGACUUUGCGAACUGCACGUUAUUUUUUGUAAGAUACCACGGUAACAAUUUGAUCGUUUCAGCUUCGUUUCUUUCACGGUUAUCAUUGUCAUUACUGACAUUAUUAUCUUUAUUAUUAUUAUUAUUAUUAUUAUUAUAUUGUCGUCGGCGAGAAUAUCGACGUUACUA